UGUCAAAUGUCGAUUUUCUUAAUGUCAAAUGUCGAUUUUCUUAAUUUCAAAAAAUGAUUGACAAAUUAUUUAAAAUAUUUAUUAAAUCUAUUAAUUAUCGAUCUGUUAUUUAGUUCGCCAAUAAUUUCCACAUACAUUUAUUGGCUGUAUUGUGUUAUUUGUGACUAAUUUUUGUGUUAUGCGUUGCAACAGACGUUGCUUAGAUUACGUUUUUGUUGCAUAAGUAUGAUUUAUCUGUAAAUAUAAUAAUUAAACCACUUGGUAUAUCAUAUUAAAAUGUUUUCAAAACUCUUUAAACCGUUUAAAAGUCACCGAUGUUUUCAAACGUUGAGAUAUUAUAGCAACCAGCAAAUACCGGAUCCUACUCCAAGUGACGCAGUUGUGCUCAGUGAAACAUGUGUAAAAAGACUAAAGGAGCUAUGUCAUGAUAAUGUAUUUUUGAGACUUUGUGUAGAGAGUGGAGGAUGUUCAGGAUUUCAAUAUAAAUUCAAUUUAGAUGAUAAACUAUCAAAUGAUGACAAAAUUUUUGAAAGAGAUGGAGUGAAGGUUGUUGUUGAUGAAACAUCAUUAGAGUAUAUAAAAGGCUCUACCAUAGAUUAUCACACUGAAUUAAUAAGAUCAGCAUUCCGGGUUGUGAAAAAUCCAAAUGCUGAUGUGGGUUGUUCCUGUGGAGCUAGUUUUGCAAUAAAAAUUGAUUAGGUAGCUAUUUAUUAUUUUAAAUGCAAUAAGUUUGUACAAAUGUAGUGUCUAGGAUAAAUUAAGUAAAUUGCAGAAAAUG